AUGUGCGGCAUCGCGUUGGUGUGCGGGCCGUGCGCAGGGGAUGUGUGGGCCUCGCUCCUGCGCGCGAUCGAGCGGCGAGGGCCGGACGCCGUGCAGGAAAGUGCGAUUUCCGUCGGUGCACAGACGGCGCAUCUCGGCGCGUCAGUGCUGUGUCUCCGUGGAGAAGGCGUGACGCGCCAGCCGUUUUCCGCAAAUGGCCUGCAUUUCGUGUGGAAUGGCGAGGUGUUUGACGGACGCGAUGGUGCGUGGGCGCCGAGUGAAAAUGACGGCGCGGCGCUCUUUCAAAGUAUCGUAGAAAAAGCCGGCAAAGGCGACGUGCGUGCUGCGCUGGUCGCGGCGCUCGCCGAGAUCGAGGGGCCGUACGCGUUUGUACUCGUGGACGAGGAGCAUCGCUGUGUAUACUACGGCCGCGACCCUCUAGGGCGUCGGUCACUCUUGCGGUCCGCAUCGCCGUUUGCGCUCGCCUCGGUCUCGACGCAAGAGUCGGUCGAGAGCGGCUGGGUGUGGGAAGAAGUGCCGUGCGCUUCGCUUUGGUGUGCCCAGCUAGAUACCCCGGCCACGGAUGCGGUGGACCGCACGUCUGAGUUUGCCUCGCGUCUCCUCGUGUCGGACGCGGAGUGGAAAGACAAUGAUACCCCCGCCCUGGAUGCCUUCCACGCGACACUAUCUGAAAGUGUCGCGCGGCGCGUCUGUGAUAUCCGCCCGGAUCCUACGCAAUCCAAAACAGACGCCCACGUCGCCGUGCUCUUUUCUGGGGGCGUCGACUGCACGGUGCUCGCCGCUUUGGCGCAUGCGCACAUUCCCCCGGAGCAGUCAAUUGAUCUAAUCAAUGUCGCUUUCGAGAAUCCUCGCUCGCUCGCGGCGCACCACAGAGACGACCCCUAUGCCGUACCAGACCGCAUUACGGCGUAUGCCAGUGCACAGGAGCUGCGUGCCAUGGCGCCGCAUCGGCAGUGGGACCUAAUCGAGGUCAAUGUGCCGUAUGCUACGUACGAGGCGCACUUGGACCAAGUCAAGGCGCUCCUUGCGCCAUGCACCAGUGUCAUGGACCUGAGCAUUGCUGCGGCGCUCUACUUUGCGGCGCGUGCGCAAGGUCGCGUCGGCGGGUGUGCGUAUACGUCUCCUGCGCGCGUAUUCCUAUCUGGCCUCGGCGCGGACGAGCUGCUUGCGGGUUACUCGCGCCACCGCCAGGCCUUUCGGCGGGGCGGCGACGACGCGCUGCGCGCCGAGCUCCAGCUCGACCUCGACCGGCUGCCUACCCGCAAUCUCGGGCGCGACGACCGCGUAAUUAGUGCGCACGCCCGCGAGGCACGCUUUCCCUACUUGGCGCGCUCAGUCCUAGUCCAAGUCUGUGCGUUGCCGCUUUCUACGAAGGCCGACCUGUCCCCCGGCACCGAAGGCACUGGCGACAAGCGCCUGCUGCGCAAGCUUGCGCGGCGCCUCGGCCUCCCCCAUGCGUCUGCACUCCCCAAACGUGCGAUCCAGUUUGGCGCACGCAGCGCCAAGCUCGACGCGGCGUCCGCCCGCCGCAAAGGCUCCGAAGCGCUCUCGUAG